CCUGCAUGUUCGCCCCAGAUUAAGCCAGUGUGUCUCAGGAUGUGUGUUCCGUUUUGUUCUUUCCCCUUAACGCUCCCUGUGCAACGUGUCUGGGGGGAGGAGGGCAGGGAGGGGAGAGAGGGAGGGGCAGAGGCGAGGAGCUGUCCGCCUUGCACGUUUCCAAUCGCAUUACGUGAACAAAUAGCUGAGGGGCGGCCGGGCCAGAACGGCUUGUGUAACUUUGCAAACGUGCCAGAAAGUUUAAAAUCUCUCCUCCUUCCUUCACUCCAGACACUGCCCGCUCUCCGGGACUGCCGCGCCGCUUCCCGUUGCCUUCCAGAACUGAGAAAAGGGAAAGGGAAGGGUGCCACGUCCGAGCAGCUGCCUUGACUGGGGAAGGGUCUGAAUCCCACCCUUGGCAUUGCUUGGUGGAGACUGAGAUACCCGUGCUCCGCUCGCCUCCUUGGUUGAAGAUUUCUCCCUCCCUCACGUGAUUUGAGCCCCGUUUUUAUUUUCUCUGAGCCACGUCCUCCUCGAGCGGGGUCAAUCUGGCAAAAGGAGUGAUGCGCUUCGCCUGGACCGUGCUCCUGCUCGGGCCUUUGCAGCUCUGCGCGCUAGUGCACUGCGCCCCGCCCGCCGCCGGCCAACAGCAGCCCCAGCGCGAGCCGCCGGCGGCUCCGGGCGCCUGGCGCCAGCAGAUCCAAUGGGAGAACAACGGGCAGGUGUUCAGCUUGCUGAGCCUGGGCUCACAGUACCAGCCUCAGCGCCGCCGGGACCCGGGCGCCGCCGUCCCUGGUGCAGCCAACGCCUCCGCCCAGCAGCCCCGCACUCCGAUCCUGCUGAUCCGCGACAACCGCACCGCCGCGGCGCGAGCGCGGACGGCCGGCUCAUCUGGAGUCACCGCCGGCCGCCCCAGGCCCACCGCCCGCCACUGGUUCCAAGCUGGCUACUCGACAUCUACAGCCCGCGAAGCUGGCGCCUCGCACGCGGAGAACCAGACAGCGCUGGGAGAUGUCCCUGCGCUCAGUAACCUGCAGCCGCCCAGCCGCGUGGACGGCAUGGUGGGCGACGACCCGUACAACCCCUACAAGUACUCUGACGACAACCCUUAUUACAACUACUACGAUACUUAUGAAAGGCCCAGACCUGGGGGCAGGUACCGGCCCGGAUACGGCACUGGCUACUUCCAGUACGGUCUCCCAGACCUGGUGGCCGACCCCUACUACAUCCAGGCGUCCACGUACGUGCAGAAGAUGUCCAUGUACAACCUGAGAUGCGCGGCGGAGGAAAACUGUCUGGCCAGUACAGCAUACAGGGCAGAUGUCAGAGAUUAUGAUCACAGGGUGCUGCUCAGAUUUCCCCAAAGAGUGAAGAACCAAGGGACAUCAGAUUUCUUACCCAGCCGACCAAGAUAUUCCUGGGAAUGGCACAGUUGUCAUCAACAUUACCACAGUAUGGAUGAGUUUAGCCACUAUGACCUGCUUGAUGCCAAUACCCAGAGAAGAGUGGCUGAAGGCCACAAAGCAAGUUUCUGUCUUGAAGACACAUCCUGUGACUAUGGCUACCACAGGCGAUUUGCAUGUACUGCACACACACAGGGAUUGAGUCCUGGCUGUUAUGAUACCUAUGGUGCAGACAUAGACUGCCAGUGGAUUGAUAUUACAGAUGUAAAACCUGGAAACUAUAUCCUAAAGGUCAGUGUAAACCCCAGCUACCUGGUUCCUGAAUCUGACUAUACCAACAAUGUUGUGCGCUGUGACAUUCGCUACACAGGACAUCAUGCGUAUGCCUCAGGCUGCACAAUUUCACCGUAUUAGAAGGCAAAGCAAAACUCCCAAUGGAUAAAUCAGUGCCUGGUGUUCUGAAGUGGGAAAAAAUAGAUUAACUUCAGUAGGAUUUAUGUAUUUUGAAAAACAGAACAGAAAACAACAAAAGAAUUUUUGUUUGGACUGUUUUCAAUAACAAAGCACAUAACUGGAUUUUGAACGCUUAAGUCAUCAUUACUUGGGAAAUUUUUAAUGUUUAUUAUUUACAUCACUUUGUGAAUUAACACAGUGUUUCAAUUCUGUAAUUACAUAUUUGACUCUUUCAAAGAAAUCCAAAUUUCUCAUGUUCCUUUUGAAAUUAUAGUGCAAAAUGGUCAGUAUUAUCUAAAUGAAUGAGCCAAAAUGACUUUGAACUGAAACUUUUCUAAAGUGCUGGAACUUUAGUGAAACAUAAUAAUAAUGGGUUUAUAUAUGUCAUAGCAUAGAUGAAUUUAGAAACAAUGCUCCUACUGUUUAAAUACAUAUGGACACAUCUGGUGCUGAGAAAGAAACAAACACAUUACCAUUGGUGUCAAGAAAUAUUACUAUAUAGCAGAGAAAUGGCAAUACAUGUACUCAGAUAGUUACAUCCCUAUAUAAAAAUUAUGUUUACAUUUAAAAAAUAAGUACAUAACUUUCUUUCUUUCAAGUGCACAAUUUCAUUUUGACUUGAGUCAAGUUUUGUUUUGGAACAAAUUAAGUAAGGGAGCUACCCAAUCCUGUCUGAUAUUUCUUGAGGCUGCCCUCUAUCAUUUUAUCUUUCCCAUGGGCAGAGAUGUUGUAAGUGGGAUUCUUAAUAUCACCAUUCUUGGGACUGGUAUACGUAAGGCAGCCGUAAAACUGGGAAGACAUUUUGAUGACUGAUAUGAUACAUCCAGAGAUAAAAUGCAUUUAAACAUAUUAAAGUAUUUGCCAAAGAUACAAUUUUCUUGCUGACAUAAAAAUCAUACAAACAAGUCCCCCCCAAACCACAACUGUCUCUCAAAUAACUUAAAAAAAUUGAAAAACAUUUUAGGAUUUUUCAAGUUUUCUAGAUUUUAAAAAGAUGUUCAGCUAUUAGAGGAAUGCUAAAAAUUUUAUAUUAUCUAGAACACAGGAACAUCAUCCUGGGUUAUUCAGGAAUCAGUCACACAUGUGUGUGUGUCGGAGGUAUAGUCUAAAUUAGCAAAGCACAUAGUAUUACAUACUUGAGGGGUUGGUGAACAAAGGAAAAAUAUACUUUCUGCAAAACCAAGGACUGUGCUGCGUAAUGAGACAGCUGUGAUUUCAUUUGAAACUGUGAAACCAUGUGCCAUAAUAGAAUUUUGAGAAUUUCGCUUUUACCUAAAUUCAAGAAAAUGAAAUUACACUUUUAAGUUAGUGGUGCUUAAGCAGAAUUUUUCCUACAUUAACCAGUAUUAAAAUCUCAAGUAAGAUUUUCCAGUGCCAGAACAUGUUAGGUGGAAUUUUAAAAGUGCCUCGGCAUCCUGUAUUACAUGUCAUAGAAUUGUAAAGUCAACAUCAAUUACUAGUAAUCAUUCUGCACUCACUGGGUGCAUAGCAUGGUUAGAGGGGCUAGAGAUGGACAGUCAUCAACUGGCGGAUAUAGCGGUACAUAUUAUCCUUAGCCACCAAGGCACAAGCUUACCAGUAGACAAUACAGACAGAGCUUUUGUUGAGCUGUAACUGAGCUAUGGAAUAGCUUCUUUGAUGUACCUCUUUGCCUUAAAUUGCUUUUUAGUUCUAAGAUUGUAGAAUGAUCCUUUCAAAUUGUAAUCUUUUCUAAUAGAGAUAUUUUAAUAUACUUGCUUUCUUAAAAAACAAAAAAACUACUGUCAGUAUUAAUACUGAGCCAGACUGGCAUCUACAGAUUUCAGAUCUAUCAUUUUAUUGAUUCUUAAUCUUGUAUUAAAAACUAGGCAAUAUCAUCAUGGAUAUAUAGGAGAAGACACAUUUACAGUCAUUCAUUGGGCCUUUUAUCUGUCUGUCCAUCCAUCAUCAUUUGAGGGCCUAAUAUAUGCCAAGUACUCACAUGUUAUGCAUUGAGACAUAAAAAAGACUGUAUAUAACCUCAAUAAGUAUUAAGAAUCCCAUUAUUACCCAUAAGGUUCAUCUUAUUUCAUUUUUAGGGAAUAAAAUUACAUGUCUAUAAAAUUUCAAUUUUAAGCACUAUUGUUUUUCAUGACCAUAAUUUAUUUUUAAAAAUAAAUUAAAGGUUAAUUAUACGCAUGUAUGUAUUUCUAAUAAUUAAAAAUGUGUUCAAUCCCUGAAA